UUGUCUUUGUGUUUGAUCGUACCUCACGUAUGUUACAUAUGGCUGGCUGCGCGUUUCACUUUUGGUGAUCUGACACUAACACGCUACAUAUAAGCGAUACUAUUGGUGGAUCAGGAAGAUUUGUAAUCAUUAAUAUUUUUAAAAAACAAAACCAUUACAGCAUAACUGUAAAACUAUGGAACUUAAAAUAUUUAACAGAUGUUAUCGAACGCCCUGUAUAUAAUAAGUACAUUAGUGUUGGUUCCAGUUUCCAAAUGGAAUUACAUUGUAAUAUUGUACAUUGUAUUUCUGUCCGAAAUACCUCUGAAGGUUGACAACAAAUUGUUAUAAUUUUCCAAGAUAGUACAACGUUUUUCUCAUCGAACAUUUUAAGAAACUGUCUAGAUUUUGAAUACAUCAUAUAUAAAUUAAAUACCGGUGAUGUGAUUACCUGUAAUUACUACUGGUUUAAAAUGCCGGCAAAGUGUUUCUAAAUAUUUAUUGUGAAAGAUUUAUUUUUUUAAUAAGCUCCGUACAUAUAUUAAUUCGUGUAUAAAACAGUGAUACGUUUAUCAAUUUCGCGCGAACAGAUUAUUUUAUUUUUUAUUUCACGUUAUUAAACAAACUACUGUGUGAUGGAUUCGGUACAAUUAGGAUCUUCAUCUGAGGAUGAGGAUGACAUAUAUCUAAAUUCUGUUGCAAAGCUGAACGCUUUAAAAAAGCUAGCACCAUUACAUCCUAACAAAGAGGCUGUCAAGAAGAAUGAAGAAACAAUAGAAGAACGGAUAAAAGGAAUUGAUUCUGAGGAUAUUGUAUUAGCAGAAAGGCAACCUAUAAACACGAAAUCCAAAAAAAACGUAUCAGGUCCCAGAACAAGGAAACGCAGACAAGAGAUAAAUUCAGUAGACCAUGAUUCAGACUUGGAAAUUGUUUCUGUAGAAAAUGAAGUAAUUCUAGUGGAGGAAAAGACUAAUAUUGUUGAGGAAAAAUCAAAUCCAAUAUCAGGAAAUGAUUCAUUAAUUGUAGAAGAGGUUGUAGAUUCUUCUAGUGAAGAUGAAAAUUAUGAUGUAAAUAUCAAGAUUCUUUGGCGAUCAAAAGAUGUGCAUCGUUUGAACAUUUGUAGAAAUGAAAAUUUUCGGAAAAUUUUUGAGUAUUUCGCAAAUCUGGAAAAAGUUCCUAUAGAUGACAUUUUGAUAACUAAAAGGGAUAGAAUGAUUAAAAAAACUGAUACGCCGGUUUCUAUAAAUUUAUCCGUAAUCGAUAUACUUGAAGGAGGUGUGGUAAAGAAAGAUAGUACUAAAGAAGAGGCAUUGGAUGAAGAUGUUUGUAGUAUAAAAGUACAAACCACAAAUAAGAAGAAUCUAACAAUAUUGGUUAAACGUGAUGAUACUUUCAAAAAGUUGUGGCAAAAAUGUGCAAAAGAAUUGAAUGUCGAGGAAUCAAAAAUGAAAUUGUAUUUUGAUGGGGAACUGAUAGCAGUUACAGAUACUCCUCACUCAUUAGAUAUAGAUGACGAAGCUUGCUUUGAUCUUCGAUUGUCUUCCUAGUAAAAUUAUGUCUAUUUAUUUAAAUAUAUUUAAUAACUAUAUCAUAAAAGUAAAGCAAAACGAACAUGAAAAACUGUAGAAAACAUUUUUUAAUUUUUUAUAGAAAAUUUAUAUUUGAUCUGUAUUACAGUAAAAUGUGUCAUUAAGCAAAUAAAAUUAAUUUAUGUCAAAAUUAAAGGUGGUCCUUCGGAA